AUGACGCAAAUUGAUCAUCUUUCGCAGGCAAAAUCUCAACUGCCUCCUUCGUUUCCUAUUAUCUGGCGAGGAGAUGUGAGUUGGGAAAGGGCUAGAGUGGGCCGCGUGUUCAACCACCGCCGCCCAUCCAGUCAGCCUCUUGCCGUCGUCGAAGCUACCAGGGAGGAUCACAUUGUAGAGGCUGUCCGGCUCGCUCGCAGUCUGGGUGCCCGGGUCUCAGUGCGAUCUGGUGGUCACAGUUGGGCAGCGUGGAGUGUGAGAGAGGGUGCCAUUCUUAUUGACCUGGGCAAGUACCAUGAGUUUCUCCUAGACGACAGCACGGGGGUGUUGCAAGCGUCGCCUAGCAUGACUGGAAGGAUGGUCAACAAGCUUCUGGGCUUGCGUGGUCGCAUGUUCCCUGGUGGCCAUUGCCCAGAGGUUGCUCUUGGUGGCUUCCUUCUGCAGGGAGGUAUGGGAUGGAAUUGCAAGAACUGGGGCUUUGCCUGCGAAAGGUUGGUGGCUCUCGACGUGGUGACGGCCGAUGGGGAGAAGCGACACUGUGAUAAAACAACCAAUGCGGAUUUAUACUGGGCGGCACGUGGAUCUGGCCCAGGAUUCCCGGCCGUCGUUACGAGAUUCUAUCUCCAAACAAUCCCUGCCUUCACUCACAUGCGGACAUCGGUCUACAUAUACGAGAAGAAAGAUUACGAAGCGGCCUUCUCUUGGGUACUACAGCUUGCUCCAACUUUCGACGAGGGUACUGAGAUUGUUGCAGUUGGAAGGCAUAUGCCAGGCCGGGAUGGAGAGCAUAUACUGAUAUCUUUCGUCACGUUUAAAAAUAGUGACGAAGAGGCUCGGUACGCACUGCAGCCAGCUCAAGACUCAGCACCAUCAGGACACGUUGUUUCGUGGUUUUGCGAGCCAACUUCCAUGGCGGAGCAGUACGAUGAUCAGCAUUCUGCCAACCCUGAAGGUCACCGAUACGCAGUUGACAACUCUUAUAUCCGAAAUGACGCCGACAUUGUUUCUGUCCUAAAGGAGUCCUUCACAUCACUCCCUACAAAGAAGUCUUUUACUCUCUGGUACGCCAUGGCUCCCGGCUCUCGACGCAGUACCGAGAAUGGCACGCUCGAAGAUAUGGCACUCUCGAUGCAGACUGAUCAUUAUUUCGCUGCCUAUGUCAUCUGGGAAGACCAGGCAGAGGAUCCGAAAUGCCAAUCUUGGCUUACCCAUAUCUUUGAGAAGAUCAACCGGGACUCGGAAGGAUCUUAUCUUGGAGAUGCCGACUUUCAGAAGCGCUCGACUGCGUUCUGGGGACGGGACCAAGGCAAGAGACUUAUGGACAUCAGGAGAAAAUGGGACCCGGAAGGUGUAGUGGCUGGUUAUCUCAAUAAGGGAGACCAAAAUGGGGUGGAAGGGUUGGAAAAUGUACAUAAAUUAUGA